AUGACAAUACCAGCUCCUCUGACCUUCUCUGACCCGCUAGAGCAUCGGGCGUUCCUGAAAUUUCGCUUGGCUCAAGCAUAUCGUAUUUUUGGCAAGUACGGCUAUGAUGAAGGUGUCGCUGGACAUAUCACUGUCCGGGACCCAAUCAGAUCAGAUUGUUACUGGGUCAAUCCUUGGGGCGUUCACUUCAAGCUCCUACAGCCAGAGGACCUCCUUCUCGUAGACCACGAAGGGACAAUACAAGAAAAUGAAUCUGGACCUUCUCGGUUCCUCAACCGGGCGGCAUACAUGAUCCAUUCAGCGGUUCAUGCAGCUCGCCCGGAUGUUAUCUGUGCUGCGCAUUCGCAUACUACGUAUGCUAAGGCGCUAGGCGUCCUUGGGGUGCCUCUUGAUCCUAUUACCCAGGACAGCUGUGCAUUUUAUGAGGAUCAUGCACUGUAUAGCGAAUAUCGUGGUGUCGUCAGUGACCCCGAGGAAGGUCUGGCUAUAGCGAGUGCUCUAGGAUCUAAAAAGGCUGUCAUCCUCCAGAACCACGGAAUCCUCGUUGCCACCAAGUCGAUUGAAUCUACAGUUUUCUUUUUCCAUUCUUUGGAAAAAUGUUGUCACGUUCAAAUGAUCGCGGAUCAGGCCGCUGCUGUUCGGGGACUGAGACCGCGUCUUAUUGACCCAGAAAAAGCUGCUGAUACCCAAAGACGCCUUGGAUCUGAGAUGGGGGGCUGGUUUAAUGGGAUUCCAGAGUUUCAGCUCUUGGAGCAUGAGGAAGGGAAGAGAUUCGAGUAUGUACCUGCACAUGAACAGAACGUGUAG